AUGUCCUCGUCCCAGUCAUUAUACGGCAUUCGACGGCCCAAAUCUGAGGCGUCCAAGAAAGACCUCGCGUCGUCCUCCACGCUUGCCUUCACAACCCAUCUCUCGUCGCUGAUAGCUAAAGAGUCCAAGGCACCCUCCUCACAUAGCUCCGAUGUUGAGAGCGUACCAGCGUCAACAACCUCUCAUGGUCGUGCGAGAAAAUCUCGAAAACCGGACAUCUUCUCCGUUCACAACAAAGGUGCGCAGAAACGAGCAGCAGCCGAUAUAUCCAACGAUAACGCCGCACUUCAAAUACACAAACGGGGUAUAGACAUCGGUGAAGUAGAUGACGCUGUCCUUAAUAGGUCCAGGCGGAAAAUGCUGGAAAAGACGAAGCUAUAUGAUGAACUAAGGAAAGGAGAGUACUUAGCAGAGGGAGACAGUGAUAGUGACGAGGGUGGACAACAUGAGGGUCAUUUCUCGACUAUACGCCGGGCAGAUAAGAAUAGCCUGGUUAAUUUCGAUAGAAAAUGGGCCGAGGAUAGAGAAUCUGGAAAAGAUCUUGAGGAGAGGCCAGACGAAGAUCAUACCCUGGUUGAAUAUGAGGAUGAGUUUGGUCGAACAAGAUCAGGCACCAAAGCAGAGGCUGCAGAAGCUCUACAAAAUCGGCAGCGCCAGCAAACCGCAUCUGCUGCAAACAGAGAGGAAGUUGAACAGGAUAUGAGACCAAGCCUUGUCCCGUCAGUAGCUCGCCCUUCUCGACCCUCAAACGUUAUAUACGGUUCAACUAUACAAGCCGCAGCAUUCAACCCAGAUGAAAAUAUUGCGGCCCAGAUGUCUAAACUUUCCAAAAAGCGGGAUCGAAGUCCUACACCGCCGCCUGAAACACAUUAUAACGCUGAAGCUGAAAUUCGCACUCGCGGAACUGGAUUCUACGCAUUCUCUAAUGACGAAGAGAUCCGAAAGAAGGAAAUGGAGGAUUUUAUGGCUGCUAGAGGAGAAACGACCGUUGAGCGAGAUCGAGCUACUACGAAAAAAGAAGCUAGGGACAAAGCAAAGCAAGAAAGAAGAAAGAAGAUUGAGGAGCUCCGGUCUAAGAAGAGGGCGGAGCAAUUUUUAGGUGGGCUGGAGACGCUUUUGAUACCUCCGGAAACAGGCCCUGAAGAAGCAGAAGGAAAUAAAGCCAAUUAA